GUCAGCAAUUCUAAUUUAGGAAUCUUCUCAGCCGUUUGCCUGUUCCCAUCAAUAACCUGCCAGUUCCCUAAUAAGAAAGCAUAGAUUCUCAUAUUUACAAGUCGGGAUGUAAUUGUUUCCUAUUUACUUUUCCUUUCAAGCAUGAGUUAAAAAACAUGAAUACAAGAGUACAACAGAUUUUCAGCUGUCAAUGCCUCCUUGACAACUUUAGCCCCAAACUUCUAGCAGUCUGUGGCAGAUAAUAUGCAGAGUAAACAUGAACUCUUAAUGUUACCAUCACACAUGAGAGAUGGAGGUGGAAGAAAAGAUACUCUCUUCUGGGAGAUAAGAGAGAUUGAUAACAUUGUGGCCCUGAAUAAAUUUCUUCUUAGUGUCUGGAAGAGGGGGAAAGAGGUUGAGGGAUUUGGCUUUGGUGAAUGGUGAAAGUCAGGAUACUUUUCUUUAUUUCUAUUGCGGUUGACUGGAUGAUACCGUGCAAUUGUGGGCAGACAGCAGAGAAUGGAGCCCUACUGGCUGUUGCUUCUUCCUGCUUCGAGUUUUUUUGAUUGAUUGGUUUGGAGAUGGGAUUGAAACCGGAAAAUACCACCUAAAUUACUGUCUGGACGUUAUACAGGUCCUGACACUGCUGAUGUUCUUGUAUGCAGCUAUCAUGGGGUUCAAUGUGCUAUCAAGUGGUGGCCUUGAGGGGCUGAGGAGCAACCUUUACUUGCAGGGCUUUGAUUAUCUUCAGAAUGGUACCUUGUGUCAACAGAGGCUGACAGUUUGCUGUGGGGUAAUGAACAAAUUUUCCCGCC